GAGGGACUUUUUAAAGGGGCUGGAACUGGACGUGUGAAAUGGCCGCGAAGGUGUUUGAAAGCCUUGGGAAGCUUGGCCUGGGGUUGGCUGUCGCAGGUGGAGUUGUCAAUUCUGCUCUUUACAACGUUGAUGCGGGUCACAGAGCUGUCAUCUUUGACCGGUUCCGUGGAGUCCAGGACACAGUGGUAGGAGAAGGUACCCACUUCCUCAUCCCCUGGGUACAGAAACCCAUCAUUUUUGACUGCCGCUCUCGCCCCCGUAACAUUCCUGUCAUCACUGGCAGCAAAGAUCUACAGAACGUGAACAUCACAUUGCGUAUCCUGUUUAGACCAGUGACUGCCCAGUUACCGCGGAUUUUCACCAGUAUUGGAGAGGACUACGAUGAGCGUGUCCUGCCCUCAAUCACAACUGAAAUCCUCAAGUCUGUUGUGGCUCGCUUUGAUGCUGGAGAAUUGAUCACUCAGAGAGAGCUGGUCUCGAGGCAAGUGAGUGAAGACCUCACAGAGAGAGCAGCAACCUUUGGGCUCAUUCUGGAUGAUGUGUCUUUGACCCAUCUGACCUUUGGCAAGGAGUUCACAGAGGCUGUGGAAAUGAAGCAAGUGGCCCAGCAAGAAGCAGAGAGAGCCAGAUUCAUUGUGGAAAAGGCUGAGCAGCAGAAGAAAGCAGCUGUCAUCUCUGCUGAGGGAGACUCGAAAGCAGCCGAGCUGAUUGCUAACUCGCUGGCCACUGCAGGUGAUGGCUUGAUUGAGCUGCGCAAGCUGGAGGCAGCUGAAGACAUCGCAUACCAGCUCUCACGGUCCCGCAACAUCACCUAUCUGCCCUCUGGACAGUCUGUGCUCCUCCAGCUGCCGCAGUGAACCUGGCUCUGCAGCCAUAGCUAGCCUGGUCACCUCCACCUACCAGAUCAGCCCUUUCCAAAAGAAUCUUUGCAAUUUCCUCAUUGGUAAAAGCAGAGGAAAUUAAAAUUCAACCCAUUUUGAAUUCUUAAUCAAAUAAAACUGAACGCUCUUGACAACAAACCUGCAUUCCUCCCAUGUACGGUCAGAGCAGUGGCUCCACUGACCAUUAAGCUAGGUUUGAGAAUUGCCCCUUUCCAGGCAGUUUGAGCAAUAGGAGCAGAGUUUGCAUCUGUUCGCUCCUGGGACGAACAAGUAGCCCAGGUGACUCCCUGACCACACGAGUACUGUAUCAAUCAGGUUUCAUAGCGAUGCUUCAGUGCCUUUAGGCUGGCUGAGCCAGGGUCGUUCCAGACUUGCAGGUCCUGGACUAUGGAACGGCGACGCUUGGGGCUCACUCUUCGGUCAAGCCAGUCUUUUUUAGCUGGAGGCACAGGUCGAGUGGAUUGUGGCUGGGGGUGAGAAUAGCAGAGAUUCACUUUAUGUAGUAGAUAGAUUUCAAGCAUGGAGGAGAAGAUACUUCCUCUGCAGGAAAUACUUCUCAUGUACAUGCCAGCAAUGGGACAUCUCCACUUCUCCCCCCGCUGCCACACGCUGGUCUGCUGCCACUUGCCCCGUUGUGCAGCGUUGUUGGUUCUUUCACCAAUGUCAGUAAAAGUGGCAGUUGGCCUAUUGCAGAUGGCAUGUGGGACAAAGAGGGGAUGACUCGGUGCUCCGUGGCUCAGGCAGUCGGAGGUGGGCAGAAUUCUCUGUUACAUCAAUGCUCUUUUUAUUUAGGGAACCUGAAUUGUGAGGAGGAUGUGAUGGGUUUGAGAUUGUAUAACCAGCCUUCAAUAAAUGUCACGGUCCCAAGUGUA